GAGAUGUCCAAAUCAUCUAAGUCCAGUCGUAAUUUUAAUAUUUCUACUUUUUAGGAAGCAGUCCAUCCAAGAGUUAACAUCAGAGUCCAAGUCCAAAAUCGAAAUCAAAUUCACAUCCAAAUUAAGGUUAAUCACACAUCAUAUAUCAACAUUCAAAAUACCUCACUAUCAACUACUUCAACAUUAUCAACAUAUAGAAAAAUUAUGCCUCCAUGUCUCCAAUUUGUCCAAGAGAGUUACCGACACCGAGUUGAAAGAAACCUUCGAG